CCGGAUUUACAAAUUAAGCACUGUAUAUACACAUGUCCUGUAUGAUCCAUGCAUUUUAAGGUCACGAUUUAACUUGGUGGUAAACAUUCUGUUCGUGAUAAACAGGAGGACCUCCAAGUAAGGGUUUUCUGCUAUUACUCGAGAUGAUGGACAUUAUUUGCACGGAAGACUAUUAGAAGUAAUUUAGUAGCAUAUGUUAGUCAUGUGUGAAGCAAGGCAGCAGUGUCGAAGCUAUCAAGGAGAAUGGGCGGUUCGUAUCGCUUGUUCCUCCUCCAUAACUAACCGAAUGAAUGGCGACUCACGCAUCUGAACACGGUGAGAUGUGCGUGUACUCCUUACAACUAAUUCAACAAAGUCGCCCGAUGUGUACUUGACAUUUAACAAGCCAUCGUGAUGACAGUCUUGAAUGCUUACAUCAGCACAUUGGUUCAAACCUCAUGCCGGUAGCUAUGCUGAUAAACCGAAGCACGAGUUGAAAGUUCGCUUCAGUGGAAGGAGGUCCACGCGGACGUCUUCCCUUUGCCUUCUACAGGGGUUUAUGAUUGGUGCCUAUGAGGAAGACACUCCCACAGCUUGGCUAUUAUUAAGUUCCAGGUUCUGUGUGAGACGGCCAACCUCAGACCACCGUUCGCCAGCCCAACCACUGACACGCAUUUAUCCUUCCACUUCGGUGUCUGGGAGGAGACAUAUAGGUGAGUGUCCACUAACACCGUCCUCAUCCACCCGGGCUGCGCCACCCACGGCCAACCCCACCUCAUUCCCAGCCCCUCACCCCGCGGCAUCAUGGGGGACGUAGUCCAGAUGCACUUCUCCACGCCGGACUAUGUGAUCUUCGCCCUGCUGCUGGUGGCGUCCACGUGCAUCGGCCUGUUCUACGCCCUGUCCGGCGGGCGCCAGCGCACCACGCAGGAGUUCCUAUUGGCCGACCGUUCUAUGAGCUGCCUGCCCGUGUCGCUCUCGCUGCUCGCCACCUUCCAGUCGGCCGUGGCCAUCCUGGGAGUGCCCUCGGAGAUCUACACCUACGGAACGCAGUACUGGUUCCUGGGAGUCUCCUACUUCCUGGGUCUGCUUGUCCCCGCCCACGUCUUCAUACCUGUCUUCUACAGGCUCCGCCUCACCAGCGCUUAUGAGUAUUUGGAGCUGCGCUUCAAUAAGACGGUUCGCAUCAUGGGCACCGUGACCUUUAUCUUUCAGAUGGUGAUCUAUAUGGGAGUGGUCCUCUAUGCACCAGCACUCGCACUCAAUGCAGUGACUGGAUUUGACCUCUGGGGGGCAGUGCUGGCCAUGGGUCUUGUGUGCACCCUGUACACAACAUUAGGAGGGCUGAAGGCAGUCAUCUGGACAGAUGUGUUCCAGACCAUUGUGAUGUUUGCUGGCCAACUCGCGGUCAUCAUAGUGGGGGCCCACCAGGCAGGAGGCAUGGGAGAGGUGUGGAGGAAAGCCAUCAACGGCAGCCGCAUCGCUAGUCUGGACCUGAACCCUGACCCGACGGAGAGGCACACGUUCUGGACGCUGGGGGUGGGCGGGGUGUUCCUCAUGCUGGCGCUGUACGGGGUCAACCAGGCCCAGGUCCAGAGGUACCUCAGCUCCCGCACUGAGAGGGAGGCGGUCAUGUCGUGCUACGUGGUGUUUCCCUGCCAGCAGGUGGUGUUGUGUCUGGGCUGUCUGAUGGGCCUGGUGAUGUUUGCUCGCUACGGUGAGGAUAGCCCACUGGAUAAGGGUUACGUCAAAACCAACGACCAGAUGGUGCUGUACUUUGUGAUGGAUGUGUUCAGGGACCUGCCUGGCCUACCAGGGCUGUUUGUCGCCUGCCUGUUCAGCGGAGCUCUCAGUACCAUCUCAUCAGCGUUUAACUCCCUAGCGACGGUAACCAUGGAGGACCUAAUCAAGCCUUACUGCCCGGACAUGACGGAGGCCAAAGCCACACUGCUCUCAAAAGGCCUGGCGUUUGCCUACGGGCUGGUGUGUCUGGCCAUGGCCUACACCGCGUCUCACAUGGGCUCAGUGCUGCAGGCAGCAUUAAGUAUCUUUGGGAUGGUGGGUGGUCCUCUCCUCGGCGUCUUCUGUCUGGGAAUGUUCUUCCCCUGCGCUAACUCCACUGGUGCGAUAGUAGGGUUGGUGGCAGGCCUGGUUAUGUCGUUCUGGAUUGGCAUCGGUCAUUUCGUGUCCCGUAUGGCGCUGCCCACUACUCUGCCCCCCAUCAUCAACGGCACCGCUAUGCCCCUCACCGGCAACAUGACCACUGCUGUCAUGACCACCCUCAUUACCUCGAUCACCGCCAAACCAAAGCCUACGGGUGUGCAGGCCCUGUACAAUCUAUCCUAUUUGUGGUACAGUGCCCACAACUCUACCACUGUGGUGAUAGUGGGACUGAUAGUCAGCCUGUUGACUGGUCCUAUGAAGGAGAAGGACCUGCUCCCAGGGACGGUGUACCCUGUCCUGGGCAACCUGCUCUUCUUCCUGCCUGAACGCUACAGGGAGAUACUCUGCUGUGUCACCCCACUGCCGCAGAAGCCCAAAGCUAUCGACACGCAUCCUUACCAGAUGGCUCGGAAGGAGAGCAAUGGAGUGUCCCAUCCCAAAGAGAAGGAGAAGACUGAGGAGACGGAGAGAGAGAAGGAUGAGGACGAGGAGACAGCAACCCCUCAGCCUUCCUGCCGACUGGCUCACACGUUGCAGGAGACGGCCUUGUAGACCCCCCCCCCCAACACACACACACACAGCCCCCAGCCAAGCCCCAGCACUUUCACAAGCCCCCCUACUGAGCAGCUUUCUUUGCCCCAUGGGAGAAGAUCCACAUAGGACCGGAGGGCAAUGGAGACCCAGGGUUCCUGGACGUGACUUCCAUCAAGCACCACAGGGUCAAUGUGGAGGAACAGGGAGUUUCACCUCUGACCCUUACUUCCUGGAGAAACUGAUACACCACAAAUCUCUGGUGGUUAAGAGAGUCAGAGCCAGAGUCCUUUGCUAGAUUGAAGAAUAGUGUAAUAAAAUGCGGUUAGUGGAUGGGGGUCCAGGGGUAUCUUGAAUUCAUUGGUACCUCAUUAACGAUGGCACUGGUCAGUUGUCCUGAACUGAAGUAACUGGAAAUCACUAGUUAUGAAGCUGGAGUUUUGAGAAGAGCCAAAAUGUCUGAAUCGAGGUGGAUUCAUGGAUGGAGAAAAACUAACGUAACACAAGUGGCAAUCAUGCUCAGAGCUGAGGAGAAGUCUCGUUGUUGGACUGAACCAAAGCCUGGACUGUGAUUGUGUCCAAUUAUGAUUGAAAGAUUGUGACCGCACAUGCUCACAAUGAGUUGUUCCAAUUACUGUGAAAAUGGACCCAAGUCUUUCUGUUUAUGGAAGAGAAUCAGGUAGAGACCAGCAGUGAAGAGCGAGGUACUUGAGAUGUAAUGUCACUGCAUGUUAUUUUUAUAGAGAAGAUUAAGCAUAUACGUCAGAUGGACUAAGAAUAUUACAAAAUAUUUGAUGUCCCAGUAGACAACUUAAGGCAUAGUGACCGUGUUCUAGCGCCUUUUCACAUAUGAAAUUCGGUAUCCUAGAUCGGUUUCCUGAAUUGUGACAAUCUACAAAAUACAUUUUGCUUUCUCAAGAUCUGAAAAUAACCGUUUCAGAAUGUGAUUUGCGAGACACAUUCUACAUGACGUUAGGAAGCUAGCUUGUUAACAACGGGCAAAAAGUUUCACACGACUCGCGCUGCUGCGUCACAAUACCUUGUACUCUGGUCCUGGAACUUGGACCCGCCACUCACCCAGGUCCAGGAUCAGUUUGAGCCAGGGCUCAUUUGCGUUUCACAUGUUCUAUAGCUCGGAUCAGGUACCAAAUGCUCUAGGAUACGGAUCAUACAGAAAUAUGUGAAAGCGCCCUUAAUCGAUAGCUUUGGUUUCUUAAGCUCCGUACGUCUGUUUGCCUUACAUGGCCUUUGUUUAACGUUUGCCUUUUGAAGCUAAAUUAAUACGUACUUAGAUAAGUGCUGCAUACAGAUCUAUAGAGCACAAGCGAUCACUGUCAUUUGCCAUUAACUGGGAUCACGUUUUUCGAGAGAGAAAGGUCAUUGAGUCUACUCUACUUACUUCAUUGAGACAACCAGACAAACUGUUGGUUAGCUAGUGACAUUAUUGAAUGUAGAAUACCAUCUCCUCUCAAUGCAUCCACACUGUAGAUCCCAUAGUUGUCAUGAAGUGCCUCAUUAGUAGUCUGUGUUAAAUGUAGUUCUGUUCAUUUGACAACUGAUCAGUGUGUAAUCAGGAUUGUGAUGAAGUAGACUUCUACUGUAUUGCAAAACUAUAAUGAUUCUCCAUGUGUGUCUUGGAUGUUUAACUUUACGUACAUGACUUUUGGCUCGUCCACCCCACUGCUCUAACAGAGGAUAUUUACAGUGAAAGGGAACAUUACUUGAUCAAAUGGAAAAACUGCAGCCAUUUUGAUGGCACAACAGAGUACAGUACUCACAAAUAAUUUUAAAACAAAAAAAGUACAAUGUUUUUUAACGUGUUUUAAGACCUUUAUACGUGUCCACUUUUACAUCAUUAGAUAAAUGUUUUGCCACCAUGGCGGUGUCUGUGGUUGAUUAACGUUUUAGACCUAAUGUUUUAUUAUUAAGUACAUUGUGAUUUUUAAUUGGUCAUUCAUUCUAUGAACAUGAAAGCUGCAGUGCAGAUGUUGAAUUUUAAUUAUCAUUUGUCAAAUGUUUCAAGGUCCUUUUUGCAAUUUGAAGAAUUCUCGUGUCAUUCUCUGUUCAAAAUCAUCAUUUUGUGCUCCUUCCAUGCACUGGAAUCUACCCUAACCAUAAUACAUAAUUCAAAUCAGGGUAAUGGGGUAGUAUUCUGUUGUGAUUGUCUGGCUUAUGUGGUGAGCUUGGGACUCCAUAUGCCCGGUUUGUCCCUCAAACAGGGGAACUACUUGUGUGUGGUUGUGUCUAGUUGGGGACUCCAGUGACAUGCCUGUCCCUUACUAUGGUUUGGGUUGGUAUUGUUGACAUAGUGACUCAUUCAGCCUAUACCGAUUUGCUUGAUACUUGCUUCCUAAGAGCGUUUUACAUCAAAAUUCUGUAGAGCCAUUUUCUACCUGCCUUUGUACCUAAUGGGGAAUAGAGACUCUGGCUAGGGAUGGGCAGUACUUUAUAUAGCCAUAUUGUGGGGCCAGAUUCUAUGACACUACUGACUCAGUCAUGCUAUUAAGCUUUUGACACCAUUGUUGUCAUUGAUAAACAGGUACAUUUUAGCAUGGGCUCCUAUGGCUAUGUUACAGUCAAUGGACCGACAAGCCCUCUUUACAUCCAGAAGUGUGAGACAAGCAAGGAAUGUUGUUCAUUCAUCCCCACUGAGAAAUACCUCAUCCCAUUUAAAGCUCAUAGAAAAUGAUGUCAUUUCAUGUUUUGAGUUAUUAUUUUUCUUACUGAAAGAAUAUAUGGAUUAUAUAUAAUUACAUUGACUUCAUUUCCAUUUGUAGCAAAUGGAACUAUGUUGUGGACCAUAAAAUGUUUGGUGAAUGAGGACAGAAGUGGUCAUAUAGUAUCUAGUGGUACCUGUAGCUCUAUUUUCUCUAUGUUCUGUGUUGGUGCAUCGUUAGUUUGUUAGGGCUAUCCCUUCUUCCUGUAACAUUCACAAACAAUCAAAACAUUUCUAUGGCUCCUCAAGGUCUUUUUAUUGAUGUCCUGUGACUGACAACGUUGAUAUUUUGUUGAUUUAAGUUCAUGUAUAGAGAGAAUCUAUUUAAUUGUCUGAUAAAAUGGGACAGCAUUGAUUCCUCUUUAUACUUUAAAUUACUUGAAAUGUGUAUCUGUAAUGCUACCCUUUAAAUGAAGUGAAGCCCAGGACAUGUUUCAGGUGAACUUACAGUCCGAAGUGAACAGAUGUCAACUUACCCAAUGUGGGUUUAUCACUGUGUUCUAGUAAUACUGAAAUACACUCUAAGCACAAUCAAGACCAAUUCUGUUGCUGUUAUCUUACUCUAAAGUUGGCACGACCAUCUACCUAGAAAAUAUGUGAACUGUAGAGCGACACGUGCAUAUGAAGGCCAAAACAGUUGUAUUGUGUUUGCUUGAAUAUUAAACCCCUAAAGAUUCCACCAGGAAACUAACCUCUACACAAUGUACCCAUGAAAUGUAAAGUAAAGAGAACCUGUAAAUCAUGGCCUCUUAAAUGACCAAUCCUGAGUUGUCUAUAACCAUAGCAUCAAUACCAAGUUACUAUGAAAUGUGUUUAGGGUACAUUUAGAACGCACUUGGCCAUGAGAGAGAAGCAUGGUCAACUACAGUUUGGUCAACUACACUGCUUUGGCUGUGCCUUCAUUUGAUCUCUGUAUUGUAAUGUUUUUUUCAUAUUGUUGGAUUUCAUGGAUGUUGAUUGGCUCAUCCUACCAGCACACUACACAGGGGCAGCUGUGAUAGGUUGGAGUAGAGCUCCAUUCGUUCACCAAACAGAAUGUCUGUGUCCUGUUCAUUAAGUCAAAAUGGGAGUGAACGUUUUCAAGAAGAGAACAGAACUGAGCUUCCCUUUUGGAAAAGCGGUACCUUUUCCGUUUGCAAAUAGUUUCUCUAUUUUGGACACUACCGAACAUGAAAUUAGUCUUCAAUAGAGGCUAAUUCUGUGUCUGACCACUCUAGUGGUCAUUAUUUCCCAACAUUGGCAUGUAUUUGUCCUCUCAAGAUGAAAUGUUUAAGUGAAUGAAUUGUAGUGGUAAGAUCCGUCGUUGUUGCUCUGUUUUUGAAAAUAAAAUGUUUGAUUUAAA